AUGUCGAGCCGCUCCGACGAUUCGUUGGAUUCACUUUUUCGUUACGAGCCAAGCUGCGUAGAUCCCGAGGCGAGAGGUACGACAGAAUCCUCCGAGGCGUCUGUUUCGCCGAGCCCCUCCAAUCGUUCAUCUGACGAGGCGUCAAAUCAUGCCGAGGAGGAGGCAUUUCCCUUUGACCUUUUCGAGGCGAAGCGUGAAUUGGAACGUCUCAUGGCGUCCCAAGGCGCUUCCACAUCUGGGCGAGGGCCACGAGUUAAGAGACAAAAACCUGACCCGCCUGGCUCUACGCUUUGCUCCCUUGAGUCGCUCGAGGCGUUGAGGCAUCGUUUCGGGAUAUCCGAGGCGGUGGAGUUCGUCGUUCCAGAGAAGAGCGACCAAGCCGACAAGCCUCCAGAGAAUCAUUUCACUCUGUACGAGGCGUUCUUCGAGCUUUGCUUCCUCUGGUUCCUGAUCCCCGGAGUGAUCCUUGAAUAUCUCUGGAAACACGGGAUCUCGAUUGGGCAAAUUAUGUCGAGGGGAUUACGGCAAAUGAUUGGCAUCUUAGUUCGAAGCUUCGAAUGCGGACUUGAUAUCGAGCUGAAUCACCUGCUGAACUUGCUGGAAAUCAGGAAAGCUCCGAAAGGAAAUAGAUUCUAUAUUUCCAACAAGGCGAAGCGACGGGUCAUCGGCGGUUUUCCCAGCAAGGAUCAGUUUUGGACUGAACGCUUCUUCUACGUCUUGGUGAACGAGGCGUCGGUCGGCGAGGAUUACGUUCAAAGAACCAAGACCGCUUGGGGACCACUUGUUUGGGGCUUUCUUCCCCCGAUUUCCGACGACCUCUUUACUGUUCGAGACUCUUUUUUGGCGCGGAAGGUUAAUUGGAGGAAGAAUUUCACCCUCGAAAGAGUGGAAAAAGCGCGAGCCAUCCUUGCCGGAGUCCCCGUCAGCUCUUCGUCCUCCAGUUCUUCAAGAGAUACCCGAGAGAAGAUGGUGAUAAUCGCUCUCAAAGAAAGGAAGCGGCGCAAGGAAGAAGAGGCCACGAGACGAGCUGCCGAGGCGGCUCAAGCGCAGACCGAGGCGGUUCCAGCAUAA